UGUAGUAAUCUGCAGUAAUCUGCACUCUGUCUGUAGCAAGGAACUGUCAUCGAUUAAAUGGACGGGAAAAUGAGUUCUAACAAUUCUUCUACUUAUCGCCGCGCCAACUUAAAAAUUGCACCUGGUGCAGUAGUGUGCGAGGAGAGUAUUCUAAAAGGAGAUAUUUCUAUUGGUGCAAAAACUAUAAUCCAUCCUAGAGCAUGUAUUCUAGCAGAGGCUGGUCCAAUCAUUAUAGGAGAAGGCAAUAUAAUUGAAGAGAUGGCAACUAUAACCAACAGAUUGCCACCUGAUACUCCAGAACCUGUAACUGUACCAGUGCAAAUAAUAGGAAACUAUAAUGUAUUUGAAACUGAUUGUGUUUGUGAAUCAUAUAAAGUUGGCGAUAACAAUAUCUUAGAAGCAAAAGCUCAAGUUAGUCGAGAAAUUGAAUUAACUAACGGAUGUGUUAUUGGAGCUGCAUGUUCUUUGACAGAACAAGAAACAAUACCAGAAAAUACAAUAGUAUAUGGAAACCAAUGUCAACGUAGAGAAAUGAAUGACAAGCCAUAUCCACAAAUUGGACAGUUGGAUUUUCUACUGAAAGUACUCCCAAAUUAUCACCACUUUCGCAAAUCGAAUGUAAAAUCAAAACCUGGAGGACCUAUGUGAAUGAUGUAUACUGACAUUCUUGUAGUAGUAAUAAGGACAAAUGGAACGUCGACUGAUACGUGUGUGGCUGUCGGUAACUUCAAAGGACAACGCAUUCGGAUGCACCGAGCGGACCGAGAUUGGACUGCUUCAAGGAUAGACUUCUUACAAGAUAAUCUCCCUCUUUCUUAUUUGACUUGUGUGCGACCUUCGUGUACAAGAUGAUACAUAAAUCUAAGA